GUUGUUGAUGCAGCGUUUGCUGCUUAAAUGUUGACGGAAUCGGCACGAACCCAUUCAACUGUCAAACUUGUCAGCGGAAAUGAUGAGUUUAGCGUUUUUUUUCCGCGCAUGGAUUUCCUUCCUGAAACAGCAAGCUUUAGACAACAUGGGUGAACAAGAAAGUGGAGAAUUCUGCUGCAGCAUAAUCCAGCUGUCCCAGAUGUUGCAAUGAAUGGCAACACUGUAGAACAAGGGUCUUUGACACAGCCACGUAGCUGGAAAGAGUUCUGUGAGCUGCAUGCCCAUGCCACUGCCAAGGAACUCGCUAGGCAGUAUUUGCUAUUUGCAAAUGAAAAUCCAAGUCACGACAUACAGGGGGCUGAAAACUUUUCUUUACAUUUCACAGAUCUCUUUCAACAGUACUUCAGAAAUGAGGUAAAGGAGGGAUUUGCUCUGAACAGGUGUACCAUUGUGCCCUUUACAGGAGUACACGAUUACAGGGAAACGGGCAGGAAGACUACCGAUGGCUCUUCUGGUCUGCUUCUACCUAAGAUGGAAGCUGAGGUGAACAGUGCUGAACAAACAGAAAGGAGUUCUGACACCAAUCUCCCGUUUUCAUCAAAAUCUCGAAGUUCUGAAGAUGUUUCUGUUUCUGCAUGCCCAUCGCUUGAACGACCCAAAGCAUUGAGUCAGUUUACAAGAAAUGUGAAAGGCAGUAUACGGAAUCUGUUCCGGAGAAAAUCAACAGAUACAAUACCUGCAGAAGGAAAAGAAGGAGCUUCUGCAGUGGCUGGUUCACCUGAAAAAGACUGGUUUAAAAACCUGACUCAUAAAUUCACUUGGUCAAGGACUCUAUCUAGAGAAGAGGUUCAUGACAUCCGCAAAGAAGGUGUUUUAAAUUAUAUGGUAGUGGAUGAUGUUAGUAUGGACAUGGGGACACAAUGGCAAAAAUGUAGGCUGCUUGUGCGAAAGGCAAAGUCUUAUGAAGGUGAUGGAUAUGUACUGGAGUUAUUUGAUCCACCAAAGUGCUCCAAACCGAAGCACAGUACUCCUUGUUCUGCAAUUACAGAGAUAAGAACUUGUACUCAGCUCGAGAUGCCAGACAACACAAACACAUUUGUGCUAAAGGUCAACAGUUUCCUAGAAGUUAUUUUUGAAGCUGUCAAUGAUCAACAAUUGAAUUUAUGGACAACAGAUAUUAGAGAAUGUAUAAAUGCAUGGUCUGAUGGAGUGGAUGUGGAACUGCUCACUGCUCCUCACUCCAACAGCAUGCAGACAGUCUCUGUUGAUGGAAGUACAGAUUCUAUACACCAAGGAGCUGCCCAUCAUUGCUCAACAGAGCAGUCCUACCACAAGACGGACCGGCUCUUCUCAUCCUAUGCCUGGUUUCAUGGACCAAUCUCCCGAUUUAAAGCAGCUCAGCUGGUACAGAUUCCAGGAACCGAGGGUCAUGGGGUCUUCCUUGUGCGCCAGAGUGAAACACAGCGGGGAGAAUAUGUCCUCACGUUCAACUAUCAAGGGAGAGCCAAGCAUCUCCGAUUGCUCGUGACAGAAAGAGGGCAAUGCCUCGUCCAACACUUCCGUUUCCCAUCUGUCACAGAAAUGCUGAACUAUUUUGGAACGUUUGCAAUCCCGUUGGAGUGUGGCACGACCUGUGAAGUCAAGCUGUCUAGCUAUGUGGUGGCAUUCCCUCACCAGCAAGGCUCUCAUUCUCCAACCAGUGCAUCAGUGUUGCCAUUUUCUGUGCACCGCUGGAAUUCAGAACCCAGUCUUGCUCACUUAAGCCCUUCCAGCUGCAACAUAUCGGAAACUCUUCUUUCCAGGCCAGCACCAGAACAGGUAUUCCACACGGUGCCCCCUCCUGAGGAAUCUCUUGCUGGCCUGCGACGAAGUGGCUCAGUGGUUGUGCCAACAAGGCGCCAACGAGACUCGGACUAUGAAAUGGAAUCGGCUGCCAGAGGUCAUUCACGGGCCAUUGACAAUCAGUACAUGUUUCUUUGAUUCUAUGGCAAAAGACAAGCAGGUGUACACUUGGGAAAGUGUACCAUGAUUAAAAUUAUUUCAACACUGAAACAUUUUCAGGUUACCAUCAAAAACUGAAUGUAUUUCUGUUUCGAGGUAGAGCCAAGAAACCUUCAGGGCAAAUGCAUGUUUGCACUGAAAUGGGUAUCUUCUACUAUUAGGCCUGUUGAAGGGCCUGUUUACAGCAUUAAGUUGUACAGCUUUGUUUCUAAUUUCUCUUAAAAAAUUAGAUAUUUGAUUAUGUCAGAAUCAUAACUGAAAAUUUUUAAAAGGCUUUUUCUUUACUUUCAUUUCGCUUAUGUAAAAAUUGUAUAUGAACUGAAUAUAAUGUUUAAGCAUAUUUGUUUAUUUCCAUUAACCUUUCUAAAAUUAUUCUAUGAAAUACUUUAACUUAAUUGCUUAAAUACAGUAAUGUGCCAUGAUUUAAAAAGUCAUUUUUGCUUGCUGCAUUUAAAAACAUGUUUGCAACCAUUUGCUGGGUUUACAAGUCCCAGUUUAAGUAGAUUUCUGUAUUUAGGAGCUCCUCAUUUUUUUCUGUGCUUUUGCCUCUUCACUUAAAGGCUUAACUGACAGUUCAGGUUUGUGGUUUUAGUAAUUCAAGUAUUUAAGCAGGAAUGUGAACACUAAGGUGAUCUAAUUUUGAAAAUUUAUUGCAAAUUACAGGGUACAACCUGAUGUUUUAUUCACCAUUAUGAGUUGGAGAAUUUCCCAUUGUGGGAUUAGAUACAUAAUUUUGGAUAUAAUUAUGUGAGCAAAUCUCCUGCAUUGAUGCUCCCAGUAAGUCUUAUGAGGGAAGGAACAUUAUGCCAAUAAAAUGGAAUGCAAGUACAUGUCUCUUUAAGGCAAUAAGUGUAAAGAAUGAUGAAUUUAGGUAGAGGUUAGGUUGCAGACAAGAAAUCUGGCUUACUAUAGCAAAAUGCUGCAGAUGCUGGAAAUAUUCAGUAGAUCUGGCAACAUUAUGUGGAGAGAGGUAAACUUAACAUUUCAGGUCAUGAAGUCUGACUUUGUUUGCAUAGUCAUCAAUUAAGAAUUUGUACACAUUGUGGAACUGAUACAUAGGUUAGGAGAGAUCGUUUGACAUUUGUUAAAUAAAGACUUCAGCAGAGAAACUUAAAAAGUGUUACCUUUAUUGUAAGAACCACUGUUCAUAAAUUUUUAUGAUUUGCUACAUUUGCCCCUACCUUAGAGCUUUUCUAUUUUUUUUAGUUCUUUCAUUAUGGUCUGCUGGGGCUCUUGAGAAAGUGGAGAACCAGGGGUAGGAGCUAAUCAUCCUGAAAAAAUGUUUCAGUCAUAUGUGGUUGCAUAGUUUUACCUAGUAAAUUUGUCUAGGUCAGAAUCUGACUAAUAUGUUAUCAUAUCAUGUCACAUAUGCAAAUUUCUGGGUCAUACAGAAUAGAAAACCAGUCUAACUCACAAGUGACCUGAUGGUCUAUCUGCCCAACAUCAAUUAACUGAUCAUUGUCUCUGAAAGGCACAGCGAUUACACCUUGUGGUCUUAAAGGGACAUUAAAGUUACAUACAGUUGCACUUAGCAGCAGAAUGAUACAUUGUAAGUUAGAUGGUCUAAUGUUCCUUUUCCUUUUAAAACAAUGUAUUAUUUUAUCUACUUUGUACAGUACAAUGCUAGUGCGUAUCUGUCAGUAUAUUUUAACAGGCAAAAGUAGUUAAUCAAUUGUUAUGCUAGUUUAAAAAACAGUAUAAACCAACUUGCUCCGUCUUACUAGCAGAAUGUUCAUUCCCGUAAUAAAAAAAUAACUGCCAAUUUGUCCUGUUCAAAAUUAUACUUCAAGGUAACACCUUAAUCAGAUAGUGCAUUUUUUGUGAAACUCCAGUAGUGCUAUUGAUUUUUUAAGUCAGUUAAAAGUCCUGCUUGGAUAUUUGAUCCAACAGUUGGCUGCCUGUGGUCAGGAUAGAAUUUUGCAGGUAGUUAGAGACCACUGGAUGAAAAAGAACUCAGGGAUGUUCAAAAGCUAUAAACAUGACAAUUUAUAAGCUUUGAACCAAGUUUGAGAUUGAACUGAUCUUUUCUACAAAAUCACAUUUAAUUUUAAUCAAAAAAGUUUUUGCAGUCAAUCUUAUGAGCAUUUUGAUAUUCCAUCUUGAGCAUUAGGGCAGUCACAGUGCAAGCAAUGUGUACAUACACCACAGCAUUUCAACAAGUUGGGGAAAAAUCUAAUUGAUCUAGGGUGACUUCAAUACAUAAAGGUUUGGGAGGGGAAGAAUUGACCAAGAUUCCUGUUUCUACUCACUAUCAUUGCUCUUCUCUUAUGGAAAAAGCUCAUAGGUGAACAUCAGGGGAAGGUGAGCUAUAAUAAUCUCUCAAUGCUGUCAACAUUCACAUGAGUAUUGGCCUGGAUUUUGUGGUCUGCGAUGAAGGAAUGGUAAUCAAUACUGACCUCGAAGAAAGCUGCUCACAAAAUUUUUAUCAGGCUGUGGGCAGACUUCCUUUUUUCAAACAUCUGUUUUGAAUUUAGCACCUUCUGCCUUGGAUAUGUUAGGUCUAUGUACAAUGAAGAAAAGCAUGGAAGACUGAUCAGAUUGAAGAAUUCUUGCAGAUAGAAACUAGGAACUAUAAAUUGCAUUUAAGUUAUUAAAUAAAAAAUAGAAUGUAUGAAAUAGAAAUUUAAAUAUUAAAGUACAAACUUUAACAAUGCAGAAUUUUUAAAAAAUUCUGCGACAUUUACACUGCCUGAGGGAAUGAGAGUCCACAGUGGGUUGUUCAGCAGUAAAUAUCAGCUACUUCUGACUGAACAUGGCUCAAGUCUUUCAUCUGUUUUUACAGUGAGCCAAUUUAUACAGGAGAAUUAGUUUGCCAUGUCAAAUUACUAAUUCUUUGUUCAUUCCAUUGGUGAAGAUGGCAGUAGCACAAACUUUGGAGAAGCAGGGUAUCUCUGACAGCAACUGUUGUAUUUCCACGUCUAACUAUGUCUGUGCAGAUGCUAGCCAUCGCUUUCAGUUUCACUCAGUCAUAACGAUGAGUGGCUCAGCCUUGACAUCACUAGUUUGGCACAAUAUGAGCCAAUAGCUACCUGGAUGACAUAUUGGAGAGUGAUCAAUCCCCCUGGAACCAAUACUCCGUGGAGUCACUGGUUUCAGAGAAAAUUGGCAAGGUUUAAAAACACUCUUGCUUUAAUCUCGUCAGCCACAGUAACAUUAAACCACCUCGGUCUUUUCAUCUUUUAUCACCAUCGCUUUACAAUAGCUGAGAAUUUGCUGGAAAAAAAGCAUGAGAAUGAUGCAUGGAAUGAUUAAUAUGCAAAUUGGCUAUCAAUUUGUAGCAAGUGAAAUACUCCAUGAAUUGAGAGCAACGUUGCUUAGGCAAUUUGAUUCACUAAAGCAGCUUCUCACCUAAAACCUCCCCUUAACUUUCAUGAAGUCGGUGAAUUUCCAACUUAAGUAGCAAUUAAACUCACCAUAUAAGCAAUGAAUAGCAUAAUUAUCUUUUUACUUGUAAUAAUUGUUAACAAUAGCUAAUCAAUCCCCCGGUCCAGAAAGUGGAGUGUGGUGUCUCAUUCCUUCAGGUAGUGAGUGAAUUGUUGUAGGUGAUAUUAAAAAUGUGAAAAUGAUCUUUCUUUUCCUUUAUCCCCCCCCCCUCAAAUGCUGUGUGGCAAUCUCCAUGUUCUACAUAUUAACCUGGUUCAAAUCAAUGGCAAAAGAAGAUUUCAAAUAGUUGGAUGCACCAAGCAUUUUUAUUGAUUUAUUUGCUUUGCUUCUCUCGGAUAAGUGAGUGUUAGCAAAAAUAGAUUUGCAUUGAACACAGCAUAUCAAUUGUAGAAUUUAAUGGUAAGUUCACAAAACACUAUUUCUUUAUGAAAAUUUGUCUUGUAUUUUGUAUGAAAUUCAGUCCUGGAGAACUAUAUGCUCCUGUUGAUCAUCUACAUUUCUACCCAUUGUACAAAAUUAGCCUUAAAAGUUAAAUUUCAGUGGCACCAUAGAUUUGGUUUCCUGUGCAUAGAAAUGAAGCAUUGAGAAAAAAUGCUACACCAAAGUAUUUGUAAUGUUCUUAAAUAUUUAAUGUAAAGAAUGCAUUCAUACAGCAACGUUAAAGAGAAUUUGCAAGUAUGAUUAAUUGUAAUUAAUCAUUUAGAAAUUCAAACAAUCAUGUAAUUUACCAUUGGGCAAUUUGGCCUUCUCAAGGGCAACUAGUGAUAGGCAAUAAAUAUUGGCCUCAUUGGUGAUGUUCACAUCCCAUGAACGAAUAAAAAAAAUUGCAUGAAGAAUAGAACACCUUAAUCAGAUUUUAAAAAUUCAAAUCAUUAACCACUCAAAUACUAUUAAUGAUCUUGAAAUCUUUAUACUUCAGCUUGUUUGAAAUUAGGGGAUUUACAUCAUGAAGAUGCAUGUUGCAGACUCCUCUAGAUUGGUUACUCUCAAGAUUAAAUUUCCAUGGAACAGUGGUAGUACAGAAAUGCUCACCUCUGUGGUCAUUCAGUAUUAACAAAUCAAUAUUCAGUUUGUUAUACAUUUGAAGACUGAUGUGCUGUACCUAUAGCAAUUAGUAAAACAAAAUUCCAAUGUAGCAUUAGUAAUUCUCUACCUAGUAAAUUCUACUGGAAGCAAAGCAUAAUGGAGUUGAAUUAAUUUGCAUUUGGAGAUGUAGAGGACACUCAGCUGCUAUAUUAUUAAAUGCUUGGUUGCUAUCUUCAUAGAAACUGCAUUUUCCCAUUCCUUCCUUCCUUCUUUUGCAUACUCUGCAAAUGUUGUGCAAACUAAUAUCUAUUUGUCCUAUAGUAACUUAUUGUAAAUUGUCACAUUUUGCCAAAGUAACCAUCUGCUGCAGAAAUUAAUAAAACAAUCUUAUCUUCUUUCA